AGUAGUAGUAGCACGAGCAAUAGCAGCAGUAGUAGUGGUAGCACGAGCAAUAGCAGUAGUAGUAGUAGCACGAGCAAUAGCAGUAGUAGUAGUAGUAGUGGUAGCACGAGCAAUAGCAGUAGUAGUAGUGGUAGCACGAGCAAUAGCAGCAGUAGUAGUAGUAGUGGUAGCACGAGCAAUAGCAGUAGUAGUAGUAGUAGCACGAGCAAUAGCAGCAGUAGUAGUGGUAGCACGAGCAAUAGCAGUAGUAGUAGUAGCACGAGCAAUAGCAGUAGUAGUAGUAGUAGUGGUAGCACGAGCAAUAGCAGUAGUAGUAGUGGUAGCACGAGCAAUAGCAGCAGUAGUAGUAGUAGUGGUAGCACGAGCAAUAGCAGUAGUAGUAGUGGUAGCACGAGCAAUAGCAGCAGUAGUAGUAGUAGUGGUAGCACGAGCAAUAGCAGUAGUAGUAGUGGUAGCACGAGCAAUAGCAGUAGUAGUAGUAGUAGCACGAGCAAUAGCAGUAGUAGUAGUGGUAGCACGAGCAAUAGCAGUAGUAGUAGUAGUAGCACGAGCAAUAGCAGUAGUAGUAGUGGUAGCACGAGCAAUAGCAGUAGUAGUAGUAGUAGCACGAGCAAUAGCAGCAGUAGUAGUAGUAGUGGUAGCACGAGCAAUAGCAGUAGUAGUAGUGGUAGCACGAGC